AUGGAAAGCGACGGCAUUGGCGCGACGGGUACGGAUAUGACAGUGACUGAAUGCGCCGAUGAGAGUUACUGUUGCGGCAAUGACCAGAAUGCCAAGGACUGCUGUAGAGAAGGCAAGGGUGUCAGGAUUGAGGAUGGGCAGGUUGUUACGACAUCUUCUGUAAUGCCUACGGCCUCAGCUGGCGUCGGCGGCUCAGCACACUCGAAUAAAUCAGCUGGUGUCAUUGGCGGCGCGGUUGGUGGAGGUUUCGGAGCGGUGGUGCUUGCCCUCGCGGCUUGGUUCAUCUGGUACAAGAGGAGGAAGAGGAACACGAGAGCCCGUGGAGAUGCGGCGGACGUGACGCAGAAUUACGUUGCUGUGAGCCAGGAAGGGGGGUACCCGACAGUGGUGGAGGCUCCGAGUUAUUAUCCUCCGAUCGAGAUGCCCGGAGAGGGACAUCCUGCUGAGCUGGGGUCGGAGUCUAUGAGGCCGACGAGUCGACGAUGA